AUGGAGAUGCUGCAUGUACUCGUCGAUACAUGUGGAGUCGACGUGAAUGCUCGUAGAAUGGUCUCUCCGUCGGGAUUUGGAUCACAAGGUUUGACCAAAGGUGGCACAGCACUUCAUGUUCUUGCCAAAGGGAAGAGUUUCUGGUCUCUUGAAGCUAUUGGGUUCUUGGGCCAACGAGGGGCAAACAUUGACGCUAUAAACGAGAAUGGCGAAUCACCAUUACAUAUAUCCAGUACCCGCCUUCUCAACUCCCCCACUUAUGGAGAGUGGUGGAAAGCCGACUGUGCUCGUCUACUUCUUGAUUUGGGAGCUGAUCCAAAUUUUAUGGACGCUCAAGGAUUAACCUGUAUUCAUAAAGCUGUCACCUGUCCCGAAGUCAUGGAAAUAUUGAUGGAGAAAGGAGCGGACGUCUCAGCCGGGAAAGUCUCACCUAUGUUCUCAGCAAUUCAGGUCAAUAAUCUUCAUGCAUUUAGGAUGAUGCUUGAUGCUGGAGCUGAUUCAAACAGCAAGGAUCAAGACAACGUUGUUAAGAUAUUUGUUGGCCGGCAAACCAGACCGUGGCUUCUCCAAAAUGCUACUCAACGGGGUGCAUCAUUUGUGAAAUUACUGAUCGAAAGGGGAGCUGAUAUUUAUGCCCCACUGGAGAAUGAUGAAAAUUUGAUAAAUCAGGCUUUCCGCAAGGCAAACUACGACGUGAUUGCCACCUUUCUGGAAUACAAGGAGAAGAUAGACUUCACUACAAGAGAUCAAUCUGGAAGGACGAUACUGCUCGCAGCGUGCGAUUGGACUGGAUUUCUCCCAGGCUACAAGUCGCUGAAUGAGCUACCCAAAGCCAUUGCUCCACUCCAGUUACUCCUCGAAGCUGGGGCAGAUCCAGUGGCAAUUGACAACGAAGGUCGAAACGCCCUCCACCAUCUUCUCGACAACGCCACAAUCGAAGAGCAAACUGUCGUAAACUUCAUACAACUUCCCGCAGCCGAAAUUCUGAUACACCGGAAAGAUAACCAAGGCUACUCACCGUUCCACCGUGCCAUGCUCACCUUCCGCCCAAAUAUUUGCGACGCCCUCCUCGAUUUAGGAGCAGAUCUCUAUGAACCCGACCCAACAGGUGCCACAGCGCUACAUGUUAUCGCCACGCAAUGUCUGGAGUUCAUUGAUGAAGGCUCGCCUAAUUAUCACGACUUGAAGCCUUCCUUUUAUCCAGACUACCACCCAGGUCUUCUUCGUGUUUGGAACCGAUAUCUUACUGAAGGUGGUUCGAUAAAUGUCCGGGAUCGGAAUGAAAAUACCCCUUUACACGUAUACCUCACUGCUGCUGCGCCUUGGAGUAGAUACGAGGAUGUCUGUUAUCAUGUAGAGCAUUUUGAUGAGUAUUUUGGAGGGAAGAAUCAAGAGAAGGUGGAUUGGUGUGCGAGGAAUGGUGAGGAAGAGAAUGCGCUUCAUGUUAUUGCUAAAGAGAGGUAUGCGAGAGAUGGCACUUAUGGUGCGAAAUUGUUUGGGCUGUUGAUAAGCAAGGGAGUGGAUCCGUUGGAAGAGGAUGGGAAAGGGAGAAGUGCGUUGGAUAUUGCGGCUGCGUUUGGGAGGAAGAAAAUUUUGGAGCUCUUUGCUAUGGAGAAAUAG